CUCAUUAGACAGGACAGCCUGCAUGGUGUGAAGACGGUUGAUUCCUUCAGCCUUCAGGCGUGGCUUGGCCAUUCCGCACUUUUGUCACUGAACAUCUUCCUUCCAAAGAAUUUUGAGAAGCCUUGAGCAGCAUGCAUCCUUUGCUCCUGACUAUCAAAGAACUCUGAUCUUGAAUGCAGGUGUCGUAAGUCUGGUGGUGGUGUGGUGCCACCAAUCGUUUUGGACGUUUUUAUAGAAAUUUGGCACUGCUAAGGAAAAACAGAAGAGCGGGGAGUCGAUGAUGUGUGACAGCCGGGUGCCUGCAUCUCCGGAAUUGUGAAGGCUUGUUCAACUUACAAAGCAGGAGAGCUGAGCAGCGAUGGCUGCGGAGGUGGUGGGACUUGUAGGAAGGGGCUAUUCUAUAUGUACCCAAAGCAAAAUAGGUUUCCAAGAAGUACCUAAGCCGGCAGCCACAAACAAGUUCCGUUGCUGUGCUUCUGCUCAGGCGCCAGCUUGCUCCUUCAGAGACACACCCAGUGGUCAAAAUGAGGACGUCGGCUGGAGGCCGGUGCUGGCUGCGUCUUCCAGGGCUUUGAGGAUACGUUAUUUUGAUGGUUCUCAGCUUAGAAGACACCAGCUUAUUAGAGCACCAGGUUGGGCGUCGGGCAAUUUCCAUUCAAAGUCUCAUGGCCGAAGGCACUCAAAUGUAGAGACCCUGACAAACUGCGAAACACAGUCCGUAGAAGUUUGUUCCUUGAGAGAAGCACCGGUGCUAAGCUGCACGGGAGAUUCUCAAGAAAAAGUAGAUUUAUCGGCAGGAAACGUCCAGCCUGCUCCGGAAGUCGUUCCAGGGAAGGAACGUCUGAAACAUAAAUAUCUUUUAAGUGUUGCCGCUCUGCCGAGCUUAGCCGCUGUACUUUAUGCCCCACUUGCGACUGGUGACAUUGCACUUCACCUGGAGCUCAAAGUUCCUGACCUUGGGGUGGCCAUUUUCACGGCGGCAGCUGCGCUGGUGUGGGUGCGCUUGUUUGAUGAGCUCGCGCGGAGAAACGUUUUUGAAAGGAAACUCAGCCGCAAGCUGGUGCACAUCAGCUCUGGCCUUUUGUUCAUGCUCUUCUGGCCAGUCUUUAGUGCAAAUCCAAACUCGCGGUUGUAUGCUGCCCUUGUGCCGGCAGCCAACCUAGUGCGACUAGCCGCCGUCGGUACCGGGCUGAUCAAAAGCGAAGAUACGGUCAAAGCCAUCAGUAGGGAGGGCGAUAGAAGGGAACUGCUUGGCGGCCCCCUCUACUACGUCAUUGUGUUGAUAGCUGCGACCGUCUGCUUCUGGCGGCAAUCGCCCAUUGGGGUGUCGGCGCUAGCGCUUAUGUGCGCAGGCGACGGAAUUGCUGAUAUUGUCGGAAGACGGUUCGGGAAAGGGCUGAAGCUUCCCUACAACAAGUCGAAGAGCUGGGCAGGGAGCGCCGCUAUGUUCGUGACGGGGACAGCGACGGCCCUCCUGUAUGUAACAUACUUCUGCAACUUCGGGUUCUACGAGUGCAACAUGAUGCACACGGCUUUGAAGGUGGCAGCGAUCGCCCUUGCUGCCACGAUUGUCGAGUCACUGCCCAUCACAGAUACAUUCGAUGAUAACGUUACAGUUCCGCUCACAUGCGUUGCUGUUGGCUCGUUACUCUUCCCAGCCUGAUCACUGGGACUCAAGAGGUUGAUUAGCUCGGUCGGGACUAGGUUAGCGGAGGACAAGACAGGCUGCGCCAUUUCAGCCUCACGACGAUCAGAGUGGCUCAGGCCAGAGAUACAUCAUAGAAUCAUACGUAGUCUAGGGACACGCUCAGUCGUGGCGGAUAUAGAAAGUGCAUGAUGCUUGCGGCGGUUUUGCGAGGAGAUUUGAAGCGGCUUAGUUUACAUAAUAUGUUGAUUGAUCAGACGACUGGACAAAAGCUUGGCCGAGGUUUUGCCAACUUAGAUUGUGCCUACCAAUCACGAGUCCGUGGGGCCAUCUAAGUAUUGCUAAGUUGGCGUUGCCUGCGACUAGCCUCUGAAGCUUUGAUCAACAUGUAUUUGGUCAGGAUCCACACUCACAAUACCGCUUAGUUCGCAAAGGUGGUGUUGCGCGCCACGUCC